CACCGUCAGACAACAGGAGGCACCGGAGGAGUUCGCACGAAACGCAGAGCCGUGCGGGGGGGAACGACGACCAAAACGCUGCCUUUAGGAGCGCAGUUUUUACGACACGACAUGGGGGACCGAGUGGCUUUACUGCUGCUGGCUGUGGCGGCUUCGGCUCUGGCUGUGGAGGUCCCCACCGAUGUUUCCAUGGGUCUGCUGGCCGAGCCGCAGGUGGCCAUGUUUUGUGGUAAACUCAACAUGCACAUCAACGUGCAGAGCGGCAAGUGGGAGCCCGACCCCUUGGGCACGAAGAGCUGCAUCGGCACCAAAGAGGGCAUCCUGCAGUACUGCCAGGAGGUGUAUCCGGAGCUCCAGAUCACCAACGUGGUGGAAGCCAAUCAGCCGGUCAGCAUCCAGAACUGGUGCAAGAAGGGGCGCAAGCAGUGUCGCAGUCACGUGCACAUAGUGGUGCCCUACCGCUGCCUGGUGGGAGAGUUCGUGAGCGACGCCCUGCUCGUUCCCGACAAGUGCAAGUUCCUCCACCAGGAGCGCAUGGACCAGUGUGAGAGCCACCUGCACUGGCACACUGUGGCCAAAGAGUCCUGCGGAGACCGCAGCAUGAACCUCCACGACUACGGGAUGCUGUUGCCCUGUGGCGUCGACCGUUUCCGAGGGGUGGAGUUCGUGUGCUGCCCCGCCGAGGCGGAGCGCGACGCCGACAGCGCCGAGCGGGACACCGACGACGACGACGACGUGUGGUGGGGCGGCCUGGAGACCGACUACUCCGACAACAGCAUGGUGCCGGAGCCAGCGGUGCAGCAGGAAGAAGCCAAACCAUCUGUGGUGGAGGAGGUGGAGGAGGUGGAGGAGGAGGUGCCCGAGGAAGACGGCGAGGAGGAGGAAGACGAGGACGUGCUGGACAAUGACCAGGACGGAGAUGGGCAGGAGGACGAGGAGGAGGACAACGAGGAGGAUGCAGAUGACGACAUCGCAGACACGCUCGACGACGACGAGCUCACUACCAACGUUGCCAUGACGACCACCACAACAACCACCACCGAGUCCGUGGAGGAAGUCGUCCGGGAUGUGUGCUGGGCCGACGCAGAGACCGGUCCGUGCCGGGCCAUGCUGCCCCGCUGGUACUUUGACCGACAGGAGGGCGGCUGCGUCGCCUUUUUCUACGGCGGCUGUGGAGGCAACCGGAAUAACUUUGAGUCGAAGGAGUACUGCCUGGCUGUCUGCCGCAGCGUCCCGCUUCCAGGAGAAGGUAGAGACGCUGGAGCAAGAGGCGGCCAGUGAGCGCCAGCAGCUGGUGGAGACCCACAUGUCCCGGGUGGAGGCUCUGCUCAACGACCGCUGCCGUCUGGCUUUGGGGAGCUACCUGACUGGUCUGCAGCAGGACCCACCCAGACCCCGUCACGUCUUCAGCCUGCUGAAGAAGUACAUCCGUGCCGAGCAGAAAAACCGGCAGCACGCCCUCAAGCAUUUUGAACAUGUUCGCAUGGUGGACCCCAAGAAGGCGGCGCAGAUUAGACCUCAGGUGCUCACCCAUCUGCGUGUUAUCGAGGAGCGCAUGAACCAGUCUCUGGGACUUCUCUACAAGGUGCCAGGUGUAGCCGAUGAUAUCCAGGACCAAGUUGAGCUCCUGCAGCGGGAGCAGGCGGAGAUGGCCCAGCAGCUGGCCAACCUGCAGUCGGACGUGAGGGUGAGCUACGGCAACGACGCUCUGAUGCCCGACCAGGAGCUGGGAGACGGCCUGACGGACUUCCUGCCCCAGGAGGACACGCUGGGAGGAGUCGGCUUCGUCCACCCCGAGAGCUUCAACCAGGUUGAGCUGAUGGACACUCGUCCCAACCUUGACAGAGGCGUUCCCACACGGCCAGUGACCGGACUGAAGGUGGAGGCGAUCCCCGAGCUGCGGAUGGAGACGGAGGACAGGCAGAGCACGGAGUACGAGGUUCACCACCAGAAGCUGGUCUUCUUCGCAGAGGACGUCGGCUCCAACAAAGGGGCCAUCAUCGGCCUGAUGGUUGGAGGCGUCGUCAUAGCAACCGUGAUCGUCAUCACCCUGGUGAUGCUGAGGAAGAAGCAGUACACCUCCAUCCACCACGGGGUCAUCGAGGUGGACGCCGCCGUCACCCCCGAGGAGCGCCACCUGUCCAAGAUGCAGCAGAACGGCUACGAAAACCCAACCUACAAGUUCUUCGAGCAGAUGCAGAACUGAGCAGAACGUCACGUGUAGACACAUGAACGCACCAUCACCCCCCCCCCCCCCCCCCCCAAUCAACACCCCCUCCCCCUACAACCGGCCUCACGUCUCCAAGAGGAUCUGAGAUCGAGCGUUCGGAGCGACUUCAGUCUCUUUUUUUUUUUUUUCUUUUCUCCGUUCGUUCACUUCACAAUUUUUGUUUUCUUCGAUAAAAUGAGUUUUUACACGUCGCUCCCGUCUGGGCCUGCUGACGUACAGAAAGAAGGCCCCCCCCAACCGCCGCCGAGGGGGGGGGGGGGGGGUCAACGCAAAAAAACAAAACCCGAUUUUCUCCGCACUGAUUCAGGGCCGGCGUCAGGCCGGGCUUUUCUUUUCGGCCGCACGCCGAUCGUUCAACGUGGAGCGUUUGUUUUAAACGAGGCGUUGGCCCCACGGUCCACACUGGAGCUAAAGUACCCCCCCUCCCCCUCCAUCACCCCCUCCUCUCCAUCGUCUCCAUCUUCAUACGACAGCUGGGCUGUGUUAAAGUCACACGAGGCUCUCGCAUCGGGAGACGAAGAGUUCCUCGUUUCCACUUUGUUUUUUCAAAAAAGACAGAAAAUUAAAAAAAAAAAAAAAACAGAAUAGACCGACCGACGUAAAGUCAUGUUUAUUUUUAAUGGCGUGUAACGUUGCUGAAGUCUUCGCUGUUCUCCGUAGCGUGCAUGACAACUGGAUUUACAAAAAUAAAAAACACCUGUAGAUUGUCAUUCUUGCGGGAUUUUACAUUUAGCGUCCUCACGACGCCUAAGGACGGAAACAAAUCUGGUUCAUCGCGUAAAGUUUGCAGCAGAGUUACCAAGGUUAUUACCCACAAACAGGUGGGCGGGGCAUGUCGGAGCACCCACAAACAAAAGGGCGGGGCAUGUCAGAGCACCCACAAACAAGGGGGCGGGGCAUGUCGGGUAAAAGUUUAUGGAUGUUCGUCUCCAACUAAAGUUAAAUGAAUGUGAGUUAAUGCUCAGAGAGGAGCCUGCAGGUGCACGGCUGAAAAGGUCGUCUUGACCUUGAAUCUGAUAUAAAAACACUUCCUGCCUCACUGUCCGGUGCAGAUACUGACGAGGCUCUGAGCAUGUAACUUUGUACGUCUGUGAAUAAAAAGACCGGUUUGAAAAAAAAAAAAAACCUUCUCGUGUCCUCCGAGUGGCCGAUUUGAGAGAAGAGGCGAUGAAACGGUUUUGUUUCCUGAAGCUGCAUGGCCCGGCGGUGGGUGGGGUGGGGGGCGCUGGCUUUGCCUUUUUCUGAAUUUUCACCUGAAAUCGCUCCCGAUUCUCAUCGUUUCACGUCUGAGCUGCGAAAAAGCAGCGCGUCGGGUUUAGAGGAGUAAUUCUGCAUGUUCGUGUUUUUUUCUGUACGUUUUUUUUUUUCUUCCUCCUCCUUUUCAGUCGAGUCGUCGUUUUGCUUUCUGUAGAUCAAAUAGGUCGAGCGCUGGGAGAAGAGGAGGAAGGAGAGGAGAGGACUCCUCCGUUCAGGCGGUCUGUGUGUAUAUAAUGGAUUUUCACCCCCCUCCCUCCCCGCGCCGCCUCCGUCUUUCUUUUCCCCGCUCCCCGACUGCUCCGAGGAGCAGGAGCGCCGACGUAUGUUCGCACGUAAAGAAACGCCGUGAGACCCCCUUCGCCCAGUCUGAGGAAGCGCUGGGGGGGGGGGAGUGUUCGUUUUGGGGGGGCUGCAGCUGUGGGGUCUGUGCUUUAAUAGAAGCCCAGCAGAGGGCAGUAGAGUAGAAGAGAAAGCAGGAUUUUCUUUUCCUUUUCCUGUGGGCUGUACAUUUGUUUUUGUUUUCUACUGUGUAAUAUCGUGCGGGCCAUUUGCAUCGACUGAGGAAACGCUUUCUACACCGUACUCAUUAUUAAAGUUUUGAAUGUACAUACAAA